CGGGACGGCGUGGUGAGCUGGAACUACAAGUCCCACCGGCGCCGCGCGGGCCGGGCCGCGCCGCCCCGCCCCGGGCGGCCGUGGGCGGGGCUGGGCGGGCGCCGUGAGUCAGUGCCCGGUAAACAUUGGCGUGAGCCGCCGGCCCCGCCGUGCUGGCGGCGCCCUGAGGGCGGCGGGGGCCGGGGCCGGGGCCAUGGACGAGCUCAAGCACCAGGUGAUGAUCAACCAGUUCGUGCUGGCGGCCGGAUGCGCCGCCGACCAGGCCAAGCAGCUGCUGCAGGCGGCCCACUGGCAGUUCGAGACUGCUCUCAGUGCUUUUUUCCAAGAAACAAAUAUCCCCUACAGCCACCACCAUCAGAUGAUGUGCACUCCUGCCAACACGCCGGCCACGCCGCCCAACUUCCCCGACGCCCUCACCAUGUUCUCCCGCCUCAAGGCUUCCGAAAGCUUCAACAGCAGUAGCCCCGUGGCCUCCAUGGCGACUUCCCCGCCACCCCCAGCCCCGCCGCUGCCCCAGCACGGGGCCUUCAACCCCGCCUGGCCCACGGCUUCUCCGCCCGGGCAGCAGCAGAGCAUGUGGACUCCGGCCGCGCCGGCGCAGCCCGCGGGCUGGCCAGCCGCCGUCUCCCAGCAGGCCAGCGCAGAACAGAAGGCCAACGUGACCAUGGAAGCAGAGAGAUGAGGCCGCGGCAGAGAGCGGACGCAGUGGGGACCCCUGCGUAUAAAUAUAUAUUUUUUUUUUCUCCCCCCCUCCCCAAAGAGGAGAGGAACUCUGCUGCCAGGGCGUCUGGCAGCCGCCGAGACACAUGAGCAAAUAGCUGCCUUGCAUGGGUUUGGUUUGAAGUAGUUUUUACUUGUUCUCGAGCUGAAUGGAGCUCCCCAGGGACAGCGGGAGGCUGCGUGGGAUCGGUGCCGGCCUCUGCCUGGGACCCUGACGCUGCCAGACUCUUGGGGAGGGAGCACCCCCUCCUCUCUUGGGACACCGGAGUUUGCAUGCCAGUGACAUUUACAGAGGAGGUCCCUUCCUCAGGGUCCCCUGGGCCACCCCACCAGGCAGAAUGAGUUGUGCCUGAGUGUUUCCCCCCAUCCCUUGGCCCUGAUCAACUGGGAGGGGGGCAGACACCCCAUGAGGCUUGUUUUUUGUAAGGGGUGGAGAGAGCAGGGGCUGUUCCUGUACCACCACAGCCUCCACCCCGUACACACCGUCCUCGAUGGUGAUCAGGGCUGGGGGACACCAGCCCUUGGGGAGGCGUCUGGCCCCUCGCCUGGCCCCGAAUGGGGAGCAGCGGGUGAGCACUGGUGGUCCGGCUGGGCCAGCACCCUCCCCUCAACCUCCUGGGAUGGGGUUUGCCCCAGGGCUGUUUUGCAUGACACAGUGUAACUCUAGAGACUGGGAUCAUUUUUAACCCCUCUGUUCUUUUCUCCCGGCGGCUGGAAGUCUCUCCGGAUGCGCCGCAGCCGCUUGCAAUACACGCUCUUCUGCUUUGAA